GCUAAGAUGAGGGAGGUGCUAGAAUUUUUUUUAAAAAGUUUCUACAGUUAAAAGUUACUUAACUCAGCCACAAUUUCUUACUUUAGGUACGAAUUGCCAAUUCUGCUCCAGUGGAAGAAAACAAGGUUUUUCCCAAUGGAUUCUCUAACAAAAUCAAUCAACCAAUUUGCCCUGGAAUUUAGCAAAAAGCUAGCUGAAUCGGCUGAGGGUAAAAAUAUUUUUUUUUCUCCCUGGGGCAUCUCAACCUCCUUGGCCAUGGUGUAUUUGGGCACCAGAGGUACGACUGCAGCCCAAAUAGCUCAGGUGCUUCAAUUUAACAGGGACCAGGACAGCAAAUUUUUUCCUGAAAGUGAAAAGAAAAGAAAAAUGGACUUCAACUCGAGGAAGGUUGAAGAAAUACGCUCUGAUUUCCAGACACUUAUCUCAGAAAUCAACAAUCCCAGUAAUGCUUACGUACUUAAAACAGCCAAUGGGAUAUACGGGGAGAAAACUUACCCAUUUCACAAUAAAUACUUAGAAGAUAUGAAAACAUACUUUGGUGUAGAGCCACAGUCUGUUAACUUUUUGGAAGCUCCUGACCAAACCAGAAACGAGAUCAACUCUUGGGUUGAAAGCCAGACACAAGGAAAAAUCCUGAAUCUCCUGCCUGACGAUGCUGUGGAUUCUGCAACCAGAAUGGUUCUGGUGAAUGCUAUUUACUUUAAAGGAAUCUGGGAACAUCAAUUCUCAGCCCGAGACACCAGAGAAAAACCUUUCAGAAUAAACAAGAAUACUAGCAAACCAGUACAAAUGAUGUCGAUGAAAAAAAAGCUUCAAGUUUUUCACAUCGAAAACCCGCAAGCCAUCGGCCUUCAACUCUACUAUGAGAGCCGUGACCUCAGCCUGUUCCUACUGCUGCCAGAAGACGUCAGUGGGCUGGACCAGCUGGAAAAGGCCGUCACCUAUGAGAAGUUGAGUGAGUGGACGAGCGCAGACAUGAUGGAGUUGUACGAUGUGCAGCUGCAUCUUCCGAAGUUCAAGCUAGAAGAGUCUUAUGAUCUCAAGUCAGCCCUGAGCAGCAUGGGGAUGAGCGAUGCCUUUAAUCAGAGCAAAGCUGAUUUCUCAGGAAUGUCUGUGGAGGGAAACCUAUUUCUGUCCAAUGUCUUCCACAAGAGUUUUGUAGAAAUAAAUGAACAAGGUACAGAGGCCUCAGCUGGCACUGGGAGUGAGGUGAGUUUAAGAAUUAGACUCCCCUCCAUUGAAUUCAAUGCAGACCACCCAUUCCUCUUCUUCAUUAGGCAUAACAAAACCAAUAGCAUUCUCUUUUAUGGGAGAUUCUGCUCCCCUUAAACCUGCAUGUCUCUCAUCAGAUAAGACCAUCCCACCGUGUGAAAAAUGCAUCAUGAGAUGGAAAAGCAAUUAUAAUUAAAAACUAGUUUGUAGUCUGGAUAUUUUUCACAUUUGAAUAUUAGCAAGUCAAUCUUGAAAUAAUGCAUUCUAGUGAUACUGUGGUAGCUAUAUAGCUAGAGAGACGGGCAAAUUUUAUUUUUAGCCCUUAACAUUUUGUCUUAAUGUGAUUUUUAUUUACAUUUCAGAAAUACUAUUUUAUUCAAUUGAAUGCCUUACAAUUCCUGAUCUUUUUGGUCACUGUGUUAUCAUUUUCAAUUAUAUUUCACACCUGUCAUUUAGUGAAGAAAAAUCUUUAUACAGGUGAUUUUCUCAAGAAUUUUGAUAAUUCAGAAAUUAUCACUGUAACAUUAAAUCCCCUUCUUCUGCUAUCUGACUAUUUAAAAAUACUUAUGUUGACAUUAACAGAAAAACUAGUGACAUCCAAAUGAAAUGUGGAGUUUAGUUAGUAGAAAUGUACCAAUUUUGGCGUCUUCGUUUUAGCAUAUGUAUCAUGGUAGUGAUAGAUGUUAGCAUUUGGAAAAAGUGUGUUAGAAGUAUGCAGAAUUCCCUGUAUUAUCAUCUUUGCAUCUUUCCUGUGAAUCUAAAACUAUUCCAAAAUAAAAAUUUUA